AUGACAAUGAGCCUCAAACUCAAUCGAGAGCAAUCGGAUCCUUUGUGUUGCUGUGAGUAUAUCAAUGCCAAUGGACAACGCUCACAUGUGCUUGGAUUCCUAUGCGAUUGUGCCGAGUUAGACGAUACUGUGGAUCGACUCUUUGCCGGUCAAUCCGUGCCCAAAUCCAAGGUUUUGGAGAUCUGGAACGUUUUAGAAGAUCGAUCCCGUGUCCCUUGGUGGCGAGGAGCCCAGCCUGUUCCACUGGAUGUGGUCGUUCCGUGGAUAUUAGUUCCCUUAGGUCUUUGGUUGGCUCAAUGGAACGUUUAUGUGUUAGUUGUAGUUCAUGCGCUCAUGUUACCUAGCUUAUACAUCUGGUAUCGACUGAUUUGGCGGUUCAAGCCGCAUAAUCGCUUCUAUACGUCAUGGAGUGUGGCGACUACGUGCGUUUUAUUUUACGUGUACGAAUUUGAGGUGGUGGGCUUCAUUGCUUUGCCCAAAACGAUUUCGUUUUGGGAAAAUCUGGUGCUGAUUGGCAGUGGAUUACUUGCCAUCUUUUUUGUCAAAGAAACUCGAAGGCGAUCCCUAUGGGUUCAGAAAUUGGGCCAUCCUCAGAGAAGUGAAAGAUUCUGCCGGAUAUGUGAGACCAGUGUUGUGGGAAGAAAACAUCAUUGCUUCUGGAUUGGGAUAUGCAUUUCAGAAUCCAACCAAAGACAUUUCAUGGGAUUUCUGGUUUCCCUGUGCCUUACUCUAGUCCAAUAUUCCCUGUUGAGUUUAACUUCAGUUUGUCAAUCCUAUUUGGUGUUCUACGAUUUGGUAUUAGUGCCUUCAGAUUGUGCCAUGGUCAAUGACAAAUUUGAAGGCAAUCCCAAUCUAGUAUGGGCGUCUGGAAUCCAUAGUGGCGGGAUUGCAAUUCUUAUUUUUACUAUGAUUGUGGUCAAGAUUUGCCGUUAAUCGUAGUACAGAAUUGAAAGAUUUCCUUUCGCGGAAAUUGGUGCUUUGAAACGCACAACCUCGAUUAUCUUUGGCUGUCAUACUUCGAAAUAAAUGUGAUCGGAAAUGAUAAGGGUCGAAAAUA